AUGAAUCGCAUGCCUCCUCCAGAAGGGCCCCAUGCGCCUCCGGGAACGCAUCCUAGCUACGAACCCUCAUGGCGCCCUCCAUACACUCCGUCCUUCGACCACCCAGCCGAUUCCCGCCGUCCCUCGUCGACCCAGGCGCCUAUUCCAAGCUAUUCAGUGAUGCCAGGUCGCGAGCUACCCGGGUUAUCGCCAGACGGGCCUUACCACCGUCCCAAUGGUCUCCCACCGCACGCGCCCGUACAUUCCCCGCAAGAUCCAACCCCCCCUCAUGGUUUCCGCCAGCCAAUCAACGGCGCCCCGCACGAGGCUUCACCGGAAUAUCGUCCUCGCAUGUCCUAUCCGCCAGCCGAUCAGAUCAGUAGCGCGGAGCAUACACCUUCGGCGGGCCCGUUACCUCCAGCUUCACAAUUCAUGACCCCCGGCCCGGCAAUGGCCCCAGCGACCCCGGUGGGUGGCUAUGAUCCGUACUAUAACCAGAAUCAGGCGUAUGGAGCGCGUCAACGAAAAGCGGCUCGUGCCCAGCAGGCCUGUGACCAAUGCCGCGCAAGGAAAGCCAAGUGUGACGAAGGACGACCGUUUUGCAGUCAUUGCAAAGAGAAUAGCCUGACUUGUGUCUACAAGGAAGUGCCUCCUCACAAGCAAGAGAAAAGCACGCAACUUUUGAUAGAUCGGAUCGUGCACCUGGAGGACACUUUGGUUACGAAGAUUGAUUUGCUAUCCGCUGCUUCCCAAGGGCACGACGGUUUGCUUAGAGAAUGGCUUCAGAAGUCCAACCCAACAUCCACGUGGGCUGGCAAAGAUCGCUCGCACCUACCACCAGUGCCGCCGGCGCCUGUUCCAGAGCCGGUUCUCAAGCAAGAGCAACAACCUACGCCUUCCAUGCUCCCCAAAAAUGGUGUCGCAGUCCUAGAUCCUGGUAGUCAGGAUGUGGGCACUUCACAUUACGGCCAAAAGCUUGGACCUGUGGAGGUCUUCGAGGAUGCAAAGAAUGAGCAGGAGGGCGAGCUUUCGAUUCCUGUGGAACACACCACUGCUGCUCAUAAGCUAUUGAUGUGGCCCUCGAUCAAGAAAUUGCUUUACCCCGAGGUAUAUGACGAGGACUAUGUCAUGCGCUUGGAGGAAGAGCGCGGUCUUAUCAGUGUCUACGGUCAAGGCGAGAUAUCCUACACAGCCGACGACAGUCAGUUACCGGGGAACACAAGCGUGCGUGAUGGCGGCAUGAAUGGUGCUCAACCAGACGGAGACGGCGCAGGGGUAGACUCGGACGUUGACAUCGACAAGUUCGGCAGCCUGAACCUGGAGAUGCAAACCGCUCAGCGAUACUAUCAGAGCUACAUGAACCACAUGUACAAGCUUCAUCCCUUUAUUGACCAGGGUGAACUCGAUCAGAAGGUUGAGAACUUCAUCCGAGUCUACUGCCGUAUGACGCCGUCGCCAAUGACGAGAAAUACGCAGAUGGGCAGUGACGGCCCACGGCCAGCGAAGCGGAAGCGCUCCAAUGAGAAUUUGGGCAUGCGAGGCGAGUUCUUGAGCCCGGGUUCUACACCAAGUCGGCCACCCCGUGUUGGGCGAAACAUCGACAAUGCUAUUGUCAUGCUUUGUCUGGCUCUUGGUGCAAUUUGCGAAUGUCCUGCUCCUAUCCCUGGCCCUAUCAUGGACCAGAGAAUUGAUUACCGCAAUCAGCACAUUCCUACGCCCCUGCCACCAAUUCCCGUCGGAAGCGGGCAGUUUGGUGUCAAUGGUGUGCUCUCGCCUGCCAAUUCGGAUUCUGCCUUGCAAAUGACGACCCCUUUAUACACGGUCCCUAUGCAGGCUACAAGCCAGUCCUUUGGCCCAUCAUCAACAACAUCAACUGCCGAGCCUCGUAGGAAUCUUUCCCGGCGAUCUGUCUCACAUACGCGUGAUGAUGCUGGACAUACGAAGAACUACCAGGUCAUUCCUGGUUUGACGCUUUAUGGAUUCUGUACUGAAAUCCUAGGUCACCUGCAAGGUGCCAAUGAACUCGAGCACGUCCAGGCGGCGUUGCUUGCUGGUUUAUAUGCCGGACAACUGGCCCAUCCGUUCCAAAGUCACAGCUGGAUCUCUCAAGCGUCAAGGGCUUGCCAGGUGCUAGUACGGACAAAGCGUUAUGAAAGACUUGGAGAAGGGGCUGUUCUAGAUCUUUACAAUUUUGCAUACUGGACCUGUCUACAGCUAGAAAGUGAUCUUCUCGCAGAGCUCGACAUUCCAGCCAGCGGCAUCUCGCGGUCUGAGAGCCGCAUGACGCUUCCCAAAGGAAGAUUCACCCUUCCUCUACCUGACGAUCAUGAUGACCCUGCGACCGCGGUGAUGUUGCACUACUCGGCUCAGAUUCAUCUCCGCAAAGUCCUUAAUCGAGUCCACACCGACCUUUACAAGGUCGAGAAGCAAGGCCAGAGACGGUGGUCAUCAACCGUUCAAGAAGCUCUCAGCAUGAACCUUGACCUCUGGCGGACAAGCCUACCAGUUAGUAUGUUGUGGAAAGACUCUGACCCGCCAUCAAAUGAGAUCAACGCUGCUCGCAUGCGUGCAAAGUAUUACGGUGCGCGCUACAUCAUUCACCGACCUCUCCUCUACCACGCCCUGCACUAUGGUCAUACUGGUGCUCGCAUUGGUCCCAUCGGCCAGACUACCAAGGUGGACUCGCCUACUUCAACACAACAGAUGUCUCCGUCUAUGCUGCACUCCAAUCGGGCUCCUAACAUGUCCCGAAUGUCGAGUGAUAUGGGUUCAAGUUCUUCUCUUGGUCACACCUGGGUUCCCCCCAAGGUUGCACUCCGGGAUCUUCCAGCCAAGCUUCGCCGCGCCUGCAAAGUCUGCAUCGACUCGGCAAUUCUAAGUACGGAAGCUUUUGAUGGUGUUGGCGGGCAUCGGUUGGUGGUAACCAAUAUCUUCGGCACAGCUCAUGCUCAAUUCGGCAACAUGCUCGUCCUCUCCGCCACCUACAUGUCCAGCCUGCGAGAACUGGUCGACACAGAAAUCCUCGACCGUCUUCUCAGACGGACGAUAUGCUUCCUCGCCCAAAACGAAAACAUCUCUCCCACCCUCCGGGCCGAUGCCCGCAUCCUCACGGAGAUAUAUCUUAAGAUCUUCGACAAAGAGCCUGAUCUGAGGAAUCUCCCGCCUGGUAUUAACGUAAAUUACCGUUGA